AUUUUCGUCGGUAUUUUCAGAACUUUCAACAAAUGGGAUCGGUGAAUGAAUCAUGUGACAAUUAUGUAGAAAUUUUCAACAAAAUCAACUACUUUUUUCGAGAUGAUCAGGUUAUCAAUGGGACUGAGUAUUCACCAAAAGAGUUCGGAUAUUUCAUCACAUUCGCAUACAUGCUGAUCAUUUUGUUUGGAGCAAUAGGCAACUUUUUGACAAUCAUCGUAGUCAUACUCAACCCAGCAAUGCGGACAACAAGGAACUUUUUCAUUUUAAACUUGGCGCUGUCGGACUUUUUUGUUUGUAUUGUGACAGCGCCGACCACAUUAUACACGGUUCUCUACAUGUUCUGGCCAUUUAGCAGGACAUUAUGCAAAAUUGCGGGUUCGCUGCAAGGCUUUAACAUAUUUUUAUCCACAUUCUCGAUAGCCUCAAUUGCUGUUGAUAGAUACGUGCUCAUUAUCUUCCCAACGAAGCGAGAACGACAACAAAAUCUGUCGUUCUGCUUUUUUAUCAUGAUCUGGGUGAUUUCCCUAAUCCUUGCGGUUCCACUUCUGCAGGCUUCUGAUUUGACACCGGUUUUCGUUGAGCCAUCGUGCGAUUUGGCUCUUUACAUUUGCCAUGAGCAAAAUGAGAUAUGGGAAAAGAUGAUCAUAUCAAAAGGCACCUACACGUUGGCAGUUCUUAUCACCCAAUACGCAUUUCCCCUGUUUUCACUAGUCUUCGCCUACUCCCGGAUAGCACAUCGGAUGAAGCUGAGAUUUGCAAACCGAAAUCAGAAUGUGACAACAAAUACCAAUACGAGUCAGAGGAGACGAUCCGUCGUGGAACGUCAACGACGCACCCACCUCCUUCUUGUAUGCGUUGUAGCUGUAUUCGCCGUCGCCUGGCUGCCACUCAACGUUUUUCAUAUCUUCAACACAUUCGAGCUGGUCAACAGUUUUUCCGUUACAACGUUCAGCAUCUGUCACUGCUUGGCAAUGUGCUCGGCGUGCUUGAAUCCGCUGAUCUAUGCAUUUUUCAAUCAUAACUUCCGGAUCGAAUUUAUGCAUCUUUUCGAUAGAGUUGGGUUGAGAUCCCUUCGAGUCGUGAUAUUUGGAGAGCAAGAGUCGCUCAAGAAAAGUAUGCGCACUGAAUUCAGAAGCCGUGGAGGCUGUAAGACGGUAACUACUGCAGAGCCAGCAACCUUCCAGAGAAUGAAUGAAAGUAUGAUUCUGAGUGCGAUGGAGCAAGAUGAGCAGCUGUGAUUGUUUAAGAAAACAUGUAGGGUAACAAUAAAUCAUUCCGUCAUUGUUUCAAAACGCUUCUAAAACCUAAUUUAUUUGAUUUUGAUGUUCUUUUUUUUUACUUUUUUUUUCGUUUCCGUCAGUAUGUUGCUGAUUCAGCCUAUUAUGUUUCACAUAUGAAGAUUUGUAAAUGAAGCUUGUCAU